AUGGAGACCGCUGAGUUUGUCCAUGCUGAAGAACAGAAACUCGAGGAUCAAUUAGAAGGCGAAAUGGUUCAACUCAAACAUGAAGAAGACGAAACAGCUAACAAGGAAGCCAAAUUGGAAGAAGAUACUAAAAAUUUUGCUGACAAUGCUUCCCAAGUCGUCGCUGAUCAAAUCAAGGAAAUUCAAAAUCUCAGCAAAGAAUUUAAUUCCAUGAAGUUGCAAUUAGCACAAUUAAAUCAACAAAUGAAACAGCCAGCAGACAAGCCCAUUGUCGAUAUUGAAAAGACCAUUCGUGUCUAUUUAAAGGAUAUUAUCCUCGACCCAGAAACAGCAGACCGCCAAAUCCAGGCCAAAACACUGGGUUACAUCUUAAAGAACCCCUCCUUUCAAUCGGCUUGCGUCAUUUCUGGUACUCAAGACAAGCAACAGAUUCAAAAGUUGCUCAAUAUUCAACGGCAUUUUAUUGCCCAAGGUGUACCAUACAAUCGUUGGGCUCAGAAUAUUCAUCCUUACCUCAACGGUGAUUUAGGGCAGGCCUUCUUGGCUCAAGAAGCUAGCAAACCUUCUGGAAUUGAACUUACCUGGUAUGACAUUGCUGUUAUGUUUGCCACAGUCUGCGACCUUCCUGCCAUUGAUCGUGCUUUAUGGUUAGACUUCAUCGCUCUCGCUCCAGUAGCAGGACAGCCCAUCGGUAGCUACUUAACCAAAGCACAAACCGCUGCCACCAAACUUGCAGAGUUUCCCCACAAAUAUAUUGUGAUUAGGAAUAUUGUCUAUGGCCAUCUUGAAAAGAAAUUAAAGUACAUGCUUCAACCGUCUUCGUUGCAAGAAUCGAAAGAUCUAUCUUCAUUCUUCUCUCAAUUACAGUCCAUCUUCCUGGACGCCCCUUUUCCAUCAUCCCCCAAUCUCGAUAUUUCUGUCAACAGAAUUGACUAUUCUCACCCACGCCCACCGUCAUACAACGACUAUGGAAACUCUCAAUCAAUUUGCUAG